AUGUACGAGCAGGCACAGCCGGUCCGGUUCCCUGUCUCGGGGUCCGGUAACAAUCAAACCAGCGGGCCACAGGCCCAGGCACCUACUGUCCAUCAGAGUGGUCUACACAGGCGUGUCAGCCAUGGCAACAGUGCUUCUGAUAAGCGGAAAGAAGGGAUAGAAAUGUCUUCAGACACGUACGAGGAACCCGAGGCGGUGAAUCUGUCGCCACCAUUUCGAGAGGCGCGGCUGCAGCGGGCUAAGCUCCGGGGAGAACCGCCCGUGGAGGCGGCUGAUGGCAGAAACACCAGGCGUCAUGUGGACUUACCUGACGCAACGGACACGUCUACAGACCGCACGUAUCCUGGUGGCAUAGACGGGCGCCGCCGUGUUGUCCGUGACUGGGUACCCUACUACUGGGGCUGCCUGGCCGGGGUGACCGCUGUGGUGGUAAUAUUGGUCAUCGCGGGACUCGUCGUAAAGGUGCUCAACAAUAUACAGGUAUUUGAUUCAGUACAAUUGCCAAAUAACAUGGAACCUGGCGAGAAGGAAAUUUCCCACAUGUCCAGUACUGUUGACACUCUGAAACGCAACAUAGACGACAUAUCGCAGCUGUCUGACACUGUUGGCACCUUGAAACGCAGCAUGGAAAACCUGACAGAUGAGCUUUCAUUCGGAUUACCUUCAAGCUGCACUGAAGUAGGGGAAAGAAGUGGGUUUGACAACUCGAGAUUCUACAUCAUCGACCUUGACGGAGCAGGACGCGGGGUCGCGCCAAUGACUGUUCAGUGUGACCUGGAGGGACAAACAGCAAUAACGCUCAUUGGCCACAACAGUGAGGCACGGACACAUGUGAAUGGGUUUGAGAGUCCAGGCAGCUACUCCAAGGAUGUGACAUACUGGAAUAGCAUGGAGCAAGUGAGGGCGCUGGUGGACCAGUCAAGUCGCUGCAAACAGCACCUUAAGUUACGCAAAUAA